CCAAGAUGGAAGCUCUCCUCCGGCCGCUCUGCUCCGCGACGGCGGCGGCGGCGGCGCUGCUCCUCUCCCCCGGCCACGGGGCGUCGGUUCCGGCCGCCGUCCCUGCUACGAGGAUGUCCACGGGCGGCAGGCGGUGGAGCAGCGUGAGGACCAGCGCGGGCGGCGGUGGCUGGCUGUCGGGGCUUCUCGGUGGCAAGGGCGGCGGCGCGCCCACGGCGAUGACGGUGGCUCCGGGGACCGUGAAGGCGGGGGACCCCGUCCUGCACGAGCCGGCGCAGGAGGUGGCCCCCGGGGACAUCCCCUCGGGGAAGGUCCAGGGCGUCAUCGACCGGAUGGUCGCCGUCAUGCGCCAGGCCCCCGGCGUCGGCCUCGCCGCGCCGCAGAUCGGCGUCCCGUUGAAGAUUAUUGUCCUGGAGGAUACCCAAGAAUACAUCAGCUAUGCUCCCAAGAAGGACAUUGAGGCGCAGGAUCGACGCCCUUUCGAUCUUCUUGUUAUUGUCAAUCCUAAGCUUAAGAAGACAAGUAAAAGAACCGCAUUGUUCUUCGAGGGAUGUUUGAGUGUUGAUGGAUAUAGGGCACUCGUUGAGCGACACCUAGAUGUUGAGGUUUCAGGUUUGGACAGGAAUGGGCGCCCCAUCAAGGUAGAAGCUUCAGGAUGGCAGGCACGUAUCCUGCAGCACGAAUGUGAUCAUCUUGAAGGUACACUGUAUGUUGACAAGAUGGUCCCUAGGUCAUUCAGAAUUGUUGAUAACUUGAAUCUUCCACUUCCUGUUGGAUGCCCUCCAAUAGGUGCACGCUGAUGCAGAGAGCAUUCCCCAUUUUUAAUUGAUGUAGAGAUUAUUGCA